GUUAUUUUCAUCGUUGUAGAUCAACAAGCGGAUUUAAUAGAAUAAACAGCUAAAUAGUUAAAUUUUAUUUUAGACUGACCUCUAUGGUCGUACAACCUAUAAAGUGUUUGAUUGAACUCUCAAAAGCGUUCAGACAACAGCAUCUGCCUAAGGUUAUAGCUCCAUCGAAUAGCAUCCCUGGUAACUCUUUAGAUUUCGCCCUUACGAGAUCCAAAAAGUAUAACAACCGCACUUUUGGUCUAAGUACAACUCUCGAUGAUCCAACAAACAAUCAACUAGGCUGCUAUUUAUCUACCCUGCCUAGCAAUAUAUGCGUUAUAUCAAACUACGAUCCAUACGUUCAUACUCUCGUCGAUCUACUCAAACAUCAGAAAAUAUCAGCUGCUUUACGCUUUUAUAGACACUCAAUCCACGAUGAUCUCAAUACAGGUGGUAAAAACGUUUAUUUUGCACCAAGAGUCCUAGUCACUAUCUCAUUCGCUAUCAUUUCUGCAAAGUUCGCUGUAAAUUGUCGCGAUAUAGACAAAUUGAAUAAUUUGGCUCAAUGCGUGCAUGACAGUUUACGCAAUUAUUUAAAGCAUCACAACAGUUGCAAGCCAUACCCUUAUGCAGUCUCUCGUGUAUACGAGUUGCUACAGAAAUACGAUAUACAAUCAACGCCGAAUUUGAUAGCAGAGCAGCAAUUACUAGACAUUAAACUAACAAUAGACACUCAUAUACAACUCCUCCGAUCGCUAUUCUAUGAAUUUAAUGACGGGACAUCAGAUAAGGAGAGUAUCAUCGUUGAUAUCGCAUCUACGCUUUCAUUGAUGCUCAGAAAUGAUUUCAAGAUUGAUCAGAAAUUCCUAAGGUUUAUUCGUCACAUGUCUAUGCAACUUGGUGAAAGUCGUUUCGAGUUAUCUGAGAGACUUCGGAAGCUAUCCUCAACGAAUACCUCGAAAAUCAGCAGGAAUAUAAACAUUCUUGCUAAUAACAUAGACAAAGGUUCGAAAUCAGCUUCAGCAUUGUUCAAUUCAUCACAUCUACUCAGAACAUCACGAUCAAGGUUGCACACAUCCUCUUUAGAAUAUAAAACACAACGAGCGAUCAUCAUGAAGAAGUUACAAUCAAAUAUAGAGCAUAAUAAUCGUUUAGACAUUACUUCAACUAGUUUACAUAAUUUAAUAAGGCUUUCAUUAACAGUAUCUCGACAAAGGGACGCUUUUAGGGUAUCCUACAAACAUUUUCAGAAACUCCUCAAGUUGUUUCAUCAGUACGACUCACCGGAAAAGUUCCAACCGGAGUCUACACCAACUGUUGCAUCGAUUAAAGCCAAAAAUCUACGUCGACGAAUUCUCACAGCCGCGACAACUAUAAUGGAUGCAUCAAUUCAUAGUAAAAUGUACACUAGUAUACGCUACGCUAAUCGCGUAUUCCACGAUCUAGCGAAUGGAGGAGUAUUACACCAUGCGACUAUCGAUGAAUACGAUGCACUUAUUCGUUUAUUCUGGAAGACAAUGAUGAUAUCUCCCCAUUGGAAGGGAAGAGUAGGUCUCAGUCGCGCUUUGCGGGUGUAUAAAGAUGCCUACUCUCAUCGUGGUCUUCAUGAUGAUGGGAGUAUAUGGCGGAAACAUCUGCGCAAGCAUGAGAAAAUGAUAAUGACGCAGUGUGUCAAUUACAUGUCAUCUGAUCUUGAGAAUGACAGUCGUAUUGAUGCUAUCAAACAUGUCUUGGAAACAUUCGAAGCACUCAGCUGUAGCGUUCGCGAAGAGCUUCUCGCGAAAGUCAUCAAGAUGUCACCACUAAGCAGUAAAGAACAAUUAGCGCGGAUAAUCAAAGCACUCAACGACUUUGCUAGUAAAAGGAUUAAAGAGAAUUGAUUUGUAAUUUACUUUAUAACUUCUUACCCAACCUCUUACAUCAUAACCAUGUUCUGCAUAUCGAGAAGACGUAAAGAGAGACUAGAAGAGAGGAUAAAAGAAGAACGUGAAGAAUCCUGCGUUCAUUUUGUUGAUCUAGAAAGAUCAGAUUCGUCGUUAUCGCUCUUGCCAACCUACGAGGCAGUGAGUUAUGAACCAAUAUCUGAUCAAGCGGCACGAAUAAUGCGUUACGCGCUCAAGAAAGAGAGAGACAACCUGAUAAAUAUAGGAAUGAAACUACAUCAGUACCCAGAGACCGCUUUCCAAGAAAGAUACGCUCGAGAUCUCCUAAGUGGAUUUAUGAAGAAUAAAGGUUGGAUUGUAGAAAAAAGCAUCUGUGGCUUAGAAACCUCUUGGAAAGCUACCUUCAGGCAUGGAGAAGGCGGUAGAACUGUUGGUUUCAACGCCGAAAUGGAUGCUUUGCCAGGGAUUGGACACGCUUGUGGACAUAAUCUUAUUGCCGAAGGCGCCAUAGCUGCAGCGUUGGGUUUGGCUGCAGCAAUGAAGGAAAUGGAUAUUAGUGGUAAAGUUAUCCUCAUUGGUACGCCAGCCGAAGAAAGUGGAGGAGGCAAGAUUACCUUACUUAAACGCGGCGCGUACGAGGAUGCAUCUGCAAUGCUCAUGAUACAUCCAGGUGGCGGUGCACCUUACAAAGCAGACAUUUUAUCGCCGAUGUUGGCGAUAGACUCUUUCAACGUUGAGUUCUUCGGGAGAGCUGCACAUGCAGCUUUGGCGCCCGACCAAGGAAUUAAUGCUCUGGAUGCUGCUGUUUUAGCCUACAGUAAUGUGAAUGCACUUAGGCAACAGAUCAAAUCAUAUGAACGCGUGCAUGGCGUUAUAGAAGGUCAGAAUUAUGCGACGAAUGUAAUACCCGAUUACUCAAAACUCAAAUACGGUGUGAGGAGCGGGACACUGGCUGAAUUGAUAGACCUCAAACGGCGGACAAUGGCAUGUAUGAAAGCAGCAGCUCAAGCGACUGGUUGUCGGAUUGUUAUACAUGAUAGCACACCUCCUCAUCCAGAGCUACACCAUAAUGGGCACUUAGCAUAUGAAUAUGCAAACAUCAUGCAACGUAAUUUUAGCACGAAAGUCCAACUUUCUCUAGAUACGCCUGGAGGUGCAUCUACAGAUUUUGGAGCAAUAACAUAUGCUAUGCCAGCUUUACACCCUGCUUAUGAGAUAUACUCAGAGAAAGGCGUAUCUAAUCAUUCGCCGGGUUUCACUGGUGCGACUGAUAAGCCAAUCGCGCACGAGAAGACAAUCGAAGCGGCUAUGGGUAUAUCAUUAACAGCAUUUAGAGUCUUAUCGGAUGAAGAGUUUGCUCAUGUCGUCGAAUCGGAAUAUGAUCAUUGGGUUCGGCAAUUGGAUAAGCGGCUAUAAGACAGUUAAGACCGAUGGGGAUCAACUUGGAAUGUGACAUGCCGCUAUCACAUUACAUAAAACACUAAAUAAGCGCGACGAAUUAUUUCAGGUGUUUAUUGUAAAAUAUGAAAAUUUACUUG